AUGACCAGUUCCGACAAGCCUAGCAUCUUCACAUCGAGAGACUCACUCCCACAGCCGCCGCCGCGCACCAACGCUGCUCCCGGGCGCGCACCGCGAACCUCGUCGCCCUUUCGCCGACAGAGCACCAGCGAGUAUCUUGGCGUGCUUGGACCCACUGCCAUACCGCCUGCCGUUGGAGACGCGGUAGCCGACGAUACCACCGCAGCCUCUUCCGCUGCAGAUCCCGAUCCGUCGACCCUACCCAUUGUUAACAAGAACACUGAAGAAGGCUCGACGCCACUGCCCAGCUCCAAUACAGCUUCGCCUUCAAUAUGGAAUAGCUUUACAGGACACAUUCCCAGUGCAAGCUCCACAGCCGCGCCAGAAGUUCGCAGGGCGAGCGUGAGCUCCGGACAACCAGAUACCACAUCGUCGCCCUACGAGCGACCGAGUGCACCUCUGUUCCCGCGCACGCCGCCAACCUCUGCGCCCACGAGCCAUCCCAAGCGAAAACACGCGCCAGCGACGCCGCGCAGUGACUCUCAAGAUCCGGGGUCAGAGCCAUCGAGCAAGCGCGCAAGGCCGCGUCCUCGGCUCAAGCAUACACUCGACAGCAAUACGUAUGGUUCCUCCACAUUCGCCCCCGCUGUCGAACCGCCAUCGCCUCUGUUUUUCAGCAACAGUCCUCGUCCACGGCCCACGCUACCGCCACGCUUUUCGAGCAGCGAGGCGGCGGCGAGAAUGCUAAGCAAGACGCGCGCGGAAGAUAGUCACGUUAAGACUGUGAGCUUGGCACGUGGCACAGUGACAACGCCAGCAGUUGGUAUACCGUUACACAACACCAACAUUACCAGUGCGCCCCACAGGAGAAGUCUAGAAAGGAGCAUUACCGGCCGCAGUAGUAGCCCGGACACGAUCAGUAAUGGCGCGAAAGAUGGACAUUCGGGCAUGACAGGCAUGCUGAACAGCAUUGGGAUUAUCGAGCUGCUGGAGCAAGACGAGAGACCUACGUUCAUUGUCGAUCUUGGGGACAGUUCGAAUUAUGGCCCUGGUCAGCUUCAUCUACUAUUUGCGAACCUUUCAUUGAAGCAGUACGAUGGGAUUGUCAGCCUUGUGGCCGGGACCAGCCUUGAGGAGUUCUCGCCUGGAGCUAAGACGUUCUUGCAGUUCAAGUCGUGGCUGCUCAGUGCUGCCAUCAAUGGCGAAAGCUUGAAUGUUUGUCUAUCACCUUUCAGCUACGCGAACAUGACAUGGAGCUAUUCCACGCUAAGAAAGAGGCUGCGGAUCAUUAGUGGAGCUUUCAACACACCCCCGGCAUCUUCGACUGCCGCCAUGCGUGUCAGUGUCCCUCCUGGUGGCACCAUUCCUGAGCAGCUAGAGAUGGUUCCUGAAGUGCACGACUACUUCGGACACGCCGGUCAGGAGAGCAGGAUACCAGAGAGUUCGAACAACAGCAGCGUCAGCGGAGUCUUGCCCACAACUGAAUCCGGUCAGGCAUUUGCCCACGAUGCUUUGCUACGCGUUCCUCCCGAUCUCGACCUCUCCGGCGCAACGGAUCUGCUCCCGAAUCCAUCUACGUAUGUACAGCCAUCCUUGAAUGCUGGUGCGAACGAUCUUACCCCUGGCGCGAUGUCUGUUGUCUCGAGUUCUACAAGCAACCAGAGUCGCCUUGCUAACGAUGGCAUGACGAACAGCCAGAUCGCCACUGUUUCGUCCGACUCGCCUUCCUUUGAUUGGACUCGUUUACCUGUGACCGACAGCAUGCCCAAACACAUCCAAUUCGCCCGCAGCAUCGACUGGGCGAGCACAAGCCUGGGACCAAUCGAAGACUGGAGCUCUGACCUGAGACAGAUGUGCAAUCUCAUCAUGGCUAGUCCGCAUCCAGCCGCCAUGUAUUGGGGAGAUGAUUUGAUUGCCAUUUACAAUGAAGCGUACAUCCUGUUAGCGGGUCAAAAGCACCCCUCGCUCAUGGGCAAGAGUUACCGAGUUGCAUGGUCCGAAAUCUGGAACGAGGUUAAGGACGUCUUUGCCAGUGCUAGAACGACCGGAGAAGCCACGAUGAAAGAUGACGAUUGUUUGUUCAUACGUCGGAGUGACCAUCUCGAAGAAACGUACUUUAGCUGGAGCAUUAUACCUAUGGUAGGGCGUGAUGGUAGUGUCAUGGGCCUCUACAAUCCAGCAUUCGAGAAGACGCGUAGGAAGAUCGCGGAGCGUCGGAUGCUAACAUUGAGAGAGGUAGGUGAAAGGACCGCCUCAGCUCGUGAUGUGAAAGGUUUCUGGGCACAAGUUCUGGGCUCUUUCGAAUUCAACGAGUACGACAGCCCGUUUUUGCUGUUGUACUCUGUCGCAGACGAGAACGACAGUGACACUGGAAGUAUACAUUCGAACUCGGUACUUUCAACACGGCAAGCUAUGCUCGAAGGUUCUUUAGGCAUACCCGAUGGACACCACGCGAGCCCGGCGGUUAUUGACCUCAAAACGGGAAUGGAAGGCUUUGGGCCAGUCUUUCGCGAAGUUAUGAAGACGGACAAGCCGGUACUUCUUGAAGUCGGUAGCCGCGACCUACCAGCAAGUCUUCUAGAUGGCCUCGAAGUGCGUGGAUUCGGCGAUCCAGUAAAGGCAAUCGUGAUAUGUCCUAUCCACCCAACUACAGGAGAUCUUGUCUUGGGCUUCUUGGUAUUGGGGGUGAAUCCUCGCAGGCCAUACGAUGAUGACUACGGCCUUUUCGUGCAGCUUCUCAGUCGACAGCUUGCGACGUCUUUAGCAUCUGUGGUCCUAUUUGAGGAAGAGAUAAAACGAGGCCAGCGCGCAGCAAAGCUCGCAGCCCUGGACCGUAUUGAGCUCUCGGAGAAGCUGGCUGCACGCACUGCGGAAGCCAUUGAAAGUGAGACGAAGUUCACCCGUAUGGCCGAGUUCGCUCCCGCUGGCCUAUUCAUCGCCAAUAGCCAGGGCAAAAUCACUUUCGCAAAUGAUGUAUGGUACGACAUUUCCCGUGUUCCGAAAGACUCUUCUAUGGCAGACACCUGGAUGGACGCGGUAAAGCCUGAGGACCUGGACUUGGUCCGCCGGUCGUGGACGGAUCUUGUCGUUAAUGCUAAAGCCAUUUCCAUCGAAUUUCGAUUCAAGGCGAAGUGGAGAGACAGCGACGGGAACAGUAGCGACACCUGGGUUCUGUUUAGUGGAUACCCUGAGAAAUACGACGACGGCAAGUUGAAGAGCAUGUUUGGCAGUAUCACCGAUAUCAGUCAACAGAAGCACGCAGAAGGACUGCAGUUUCGAAAGAUGGAGGAAGCCGUGGAAAUGAAACGACAACAGGAGAACUUCAUCGACAUUACAUCACAUGAAAUGCGCAAUCCACUUUCCGCCAUCUUGCAAUGCUCAGAUGAAAUUGCAACUUCGCUCACUAGGUUUCGGCAAGGUGGCGAUCGCACAGUCCCGGAUGAGUUGAUCGCGAGCUGCCUUGAUGCAGCCCAGACCAUCAGUCUUUGCAGUCAGCAUCAGAAGAGGAUAGUUGACGAUAUCCUCACGUUGAGCAAACUCGAUUCACAACUGCUUCUAGUCACGCCUGUUGAUGCUCAGCCACUCACGGUGGUGAAAAGAGCACUGAAAAUGCACGAGGGUGAACUGCAGGCCGCUGAUAUCCAGAUGAAGUUUGUAGUGGAUCAAUCUUUCCGCGACCUGGACUUGGACUGGGUCCGCUUCGAUCCCAGCAGAGUACUACAGGUACUAAUCAAUCUCACAACCAACGCGAUAAAGUUCACCGGGACGGAAAGCAGACGAACGAUCACUGUCACCAUCGCUGCUUCCACGAAGCCACCUAGUGAGCUGCCAAAUGUGCCUGUUCGAUAUUUCCCCACCAGGAGGAGAAACGAGACUCUUAUGGACGAAAAGGACUGGGGCGACGGAGAGAAAGUCUUCAUCCAUUUUGGUGUGCGAGACACCGGCCGUGGUCUUAGCCCUGAAGAAAAGAAGUUAUUGUUCAUCCGAUUCUCUCAAGCCUCUCCAAGGACCCAUGUCACAUACGGUGGAUCUGGUCUUGGCUUGUUCAUUAGUCGAGAACUGACAGAGCUGCAAGGUGGCGAAAUUGGUGUGGAAAGCGAAGCUGGUAAGGGCAGCAUAUUCGCCUUCUAUGUCGCGGCGAGAAGAACGACAGCACCUCAGGAUACCACAGACUCGGGUGUAGGGGCAAAAAGGCACAACCCGCCUUCUUCCAAGAGCAAGUCCACACCUAUGGUACCUCCCGCUGAAAAGGGCAUCGUCGUGCCACGUACAGAAGACUCGAAGACGACACGAGGCACGAAUGGGCAGAAGCCCGCAAAGAAGGUCCUGAUCGUCGAGGACAACCUGGUGAAUCAGAAAGUGCUGCAGAAGCAGCUGAAGAACAACGGCACCGAAGUACACUUGGCUAAUCAUGGCGGAGAAGCAUUGGAGAAGCUGAUGCAGUCAACCUACUGGCUCGAUAGUAAACCGACGGACCAGAAGCUGGAGCUGGGUGUCGUACUCAUGGACCAAGAAAUGCCCGUGAUGGACGGGCUUACAUGUACUCGCAAGAUACGCGAGCUUGAAGCUGAAGGCAAGCUUACCGGCCAUAUUCCGAUCAUUGCGGUAACAGCGAAUGCUCGUGCAGAGCAAAUACAGACUGCAUUGGAUGCAGGAAUGGACGACGUUGUGAGCAAGCCGUUCAGGAUACCAGAGCUGAUGCCCAAGAUCGAGGAGCUCAUGGAGAGGUAUCCUAUGCCACCAGCGCGAUGA